AUGACACCUGACGACACCACGGCAGCAUUGUGGUUGAAAAUCACCUACAUCUCCAUGGAGGUUAUCAUCGGGCUCUGCGCUGUAGUGGGCAACAUGCUGGUCAUCUGGGUGGUCAAGCUGAACCCCAGUCUGAGGACCACCACCUUCUAUUUCAUAGUCUCCCUAGCCCUGGCUGACAUUGCCGUUGGGAUACUGGUCAUGCCUUUGGCCAUUGCUGUCAGCCUGGACGUGAAGAUGCACUUCUACACCUGCCUUUUCAUGGCCUGCGUGAUUCUGAUCUUCACCCACGCCUCCAUUAUGUCCUUGCUGGCCAUUGCUGUAGACCGUUACCUGCGGGUCAAGCUGACAGUCAGAUACAGGGCGGUCACCACUCAAAGAAGAAUAUGGCUCUCCCUGGGCCUUUGCUGGCUAGUAUCUUUCCUGGUGGGACUGACCCCCAUGUUUGGCUGGAAUAAAAAAGUGAUCUCAGGGCUCCCCCAAAAUAUCACCACCCUUUCGUGCCAUUUCCGUUCGGUCGUGCCUCUGGAUUACAUGGUCUUCUUCAGCUUCAUCACCUGGAUCCUCAUCCCCCUCGUCGUCAUGUGCGUCAUCUACCUCGACAUCUUCUACAUCCUCCGCAAGAAACUCAGUCAGAACUUAUCUGGCUUCCGAGAGACACGUGCAUUUUACGGGCGGGAGUUCAAGACAGCCAAGUCCCUGUUCCUGGUUCUCUUCUUGUUCGCUUUGUGCUGGCUGCCGUUGUCCAUCAUCAACUUUGUUUCCUACUUUAAAGUUAACAUACCAGAGGUCGCAAUGUGCCUGGGGAUCCUGUUGUCCCACGCGAACUCUAUGAUGAACCCUAUCGUCUACGCUUGUAAGAUAAAAAAGUUCAAGGACACCUACUUUGUGAUCCUCAAAGCUUUCAGGGUCUGUCAGUGCUCGGUUUCCUUGGACUCCAACUCGGAACAGACUACUGAGUAG